AUGUUAUUGGAUUAUAGUGUAUUAUGUAAAUAUCAAUUAAUCAAGGAACAAAUCAAUUUCCAUGGAAUAUAUCAUCCAUUUAAAGAUGAUAAUCAUAAUUUUAAAGUUUGGAAACAAUCAUCAUUGAAACAUAAAUGGCAUAAUACAUUACAACAAUAUAUGAAAUAUUAUGUAAAACAAUGUAAUCCAAGUAUUACUAUAACAAGACCAUAUUUCAAUAAUACACUAAAUGUAAAGAUUUCUAACAAUAAAGAUAUUCAAAGUAUAUUUAAAGUAUGGUCAACUAAAUCUAAUCCUUAUAAUUGUGUUGUUUAUGAUUGUUUAUCCUAUAAACAGUUAGUUACUCAUGAUACUAGAAAUAUUGCUUGUUCAAUUGGUGAUUGUAAGAAGCAAACUAAUUCAGGCAAUAUUAUACUAUGUUACUAUUUACCAGUAGUAAGUGUGAACAAUCGACCAGAUAAAGCCUAUGAAGAUGAAUCAAAUACAAAUUCUUAUCCUGUAACAACUGAAGUUCCUCCAGAAACUACUUCUUAUAUGCUCGAUCAUGGACGAUGUGAAUGUAUUUGUUAG